AUGGCAAACCACUUAAGUAGAAAAAUUUGUCAAGAACAAUGAUGGUCAUGGAAAGACCAUAAUUGCCCACAUCAUACAACAUGGCACAUAACAAUUAAACAAUUUAUUUUUACUUGUUUUUUUUUAUUUGUACCGUUUGAAUUCUUUUGCACAUUGGUUGUUUUUCAGUCUUUGUGUGUAGUUUUUCAUUAUAUUGUGUUUCUUUGUUCUACUGUGAAUACCUGCAACAAACUGGACCUCGAGGUAGCACACGAUGACAUAUACGUACUUUGAUAAUAAAUAUACUCUGUAUUUGACAGUUUGUACACAGAAUGAAGGGCGAAUAUUUGCAAUACUGUGCACAGAAAAGAUAAAACCAGUCUAUUUUUGCAAUUACGUCAGAGUCCACGUGGGGGCGAUAAAGCCUUCCUUUUAAAUGGAGCGCCAAUUUCACCGAUUAUUACUGGAGCGUGUCACCUUACAAUAAUUUAUGUUAUAAACAAAAAACACGUUUUGAGAAGUUUAGGGUGAAAGCCGGUGAGGAAAAAAAAAGAUAGCGAGUGAGGCACAGCCUGAUUAAUCGCAGGAACCGUGGAAAGAUGGGUGGGGGCGGGGGCUCCGGUGAAUUGUCUCCAACACAAAGAAAGGUAAGUAGGCAGGGAAUCGGCCCCGCCUUUCAACGCAGAAAUCCCGUUAACGUGCACAAAGAUGCACUUAAAACAAUAGCUAAAAGCAACAGAAACACAUUUUACGAUGCAAGAGCUACCUCAAAAUAAAUUUAAGAAAUCUUAAUCCACCCCUCCACCAAUUUUUUUACCCAGAGGCCGUCCCAGUUGUCUUUCUCCGCCCCCUUUACUACACUUUAUUUGCAUGGCUUGUUUUUUUUGGGGGCAAAAAGACAAAAGUCACGCAAAAGUGGGCAACAGAUUGUAGGAGAGACCAAACAAAAUGCCAGUGGGCACGGAGAAAUACGCCUGCAGCUAGGGAAAUAAAAAAUGCUGUUGGCUUCGUUGGUUGUGUCUGGAACUAGUCGGUUUCGAAAAGUUAAGUCACAGCGCGAAAAAGUUGGAGAGGAAAUUUCCUUUUUUUGGCAAAACUUUCUCCUGCAGCGCAUGGAUGAGAUCAAGAAUCGAGCAAAGUGUCGGAAAGGUCAACGCUUGUUCCUUGCUCGCUUGGGUUGUUCUUUUAUGCGUUAGUUCAGUGAGUAUUUAUUAACUUGGGAAUUUUAAAGACGGGGGGGUGCAAAAGAAAUAGAUCAACGAUGUAUUGGGUGGGUUACAAAACGCGACCUCUGGAACAGUGGAUGUGAAAGGGAGAAAAUAUUUUAAAAAGCGAUGGCGGAAAAAGAUCAAGGGAGAAAAGUGACUGUUUAUAGAAGUAUUUCAUUGAAAUAUCUGAGCGAGUGGAGACCCAAAAUCUCGGCUGAUGAGAGUCAGCAGGAGCCGAAACUUGUAUCCAGCGUUGCCCAGCCCCCCAUAUGCGAGGCUGCUGGAGCCGGCAGUCAACAAAGUGUGGUCAGAUCUACCGGCAAACUGCGGUCAGUCUCCAAACUGGUUUCUGCCAAUGUCUCCAGCCCGGAGGUGAAAAGAAGCCAUUCGAUCUCCCCGUCCAUCCGCCAGCUCUCGGAGCUCUUCGACCCCGUGGAGAACAGCCCGGCUGCCUGCGUGCCGAAAGCCCGGUUCCACGACAAGACUACCGAAGGGGAGUCCUGGGCUCCGGGCAAAGGCAGUCGAGAGGAGGAAGCGGGGCUCGAACCGGUACCCGCGGGCUGCGGCGGGGAGGGAGAUGGGACGCCCGGGGUGAAGGUACCCGAGGUGCCCCCGCAGGGCCGAACUGCCCAGCCAAAUUCCGGACAGGUCACCAACUGGCCCAGCGUCGCCGAGAUGCUCAAACUCUUUGGAGAGACGAGACCACCACGACCGAGUUCCGACUCCCCUGACUUCAGUGGCCCAUGGGAGGUAGCCCUGGAGCAAAGCGAAGCGGCCGGCCAGGGGGCUCCCUGUCCCGAGACCGAAGGCGCCCAGGCCAGCUGGAGUGAGAGCAUCAGUGGUCAACCGCCACCGCCACCCCCUCGGAGUUUCUUUCCACCAGCUCCAAUGUUGCCUUGGUGUUCCUCUGGUGUGCAUAAACAAGAGGCAAGUCCGCGAUCAGAUAGCGCGCAUUCCAGGCAUAACUGCUCCAAACCACAGGCCGUCCUCACGGCUGCUGCUCCGGGCUCAGAGGCGAGUUCCAGCGACGAGAGGGGAGACGGCAGAGAGCCGGCGCAGGGCACCUCCCACACCAGCUGCCGAGCCAGCAAGCUCUCCCGGCCCCGGGACGGGUCUUCCGGCAGCGACGAGGAUCCUCAUCCCGUGGUCCACAGGGACGUCAAGAGACGGUCGUUGAGGAAGAAGAAAGCCAGCGUGCAGGUAGGCAGCAAGGAUGACGAGUCUGACAGCGAUGGCCCCCUCGGCGUGUCUCCGUCGAGGCGGGAGGGUCAGCUGGGGCACCUGGUCUGUAAAAGCGAUGAAGGUUUGAAGCCACUGCCCGCCGGAGAGUUGGGCUCGGCACCGUGUGGCUUGGCAGCUCUAACACGUGAGAGAAAACAUUGUAUCUCAGCAGCCUGCCAGACAAGCAAAGUUGAACAGAACCAUAAAAGGUCCGUUGGACCGCUUGGAGAUAGUGCAACGCCCAUCACUGUAAAUCAGCCUCAGAGCAGCACCUCAGGGUCACCCAUACCAAUGGUCUCCAGAGUUGCAAAAGUCAACAUCCAGUCGUUCCUGCCGAGCCCAGGCAGCUCCCGGAGCAGCAGCAGGUAUUCCAGCACUGAAACUUUAAAGGAGGAAGAUCACUAUUCAGGAUUAAGCAGGAACUUCCAGGGGAGUGUGAGCAUGCACCGGCCACCAGUCUUUGGUCACAGUGAUGAGACAGCAAAGCAUUUCAAACCACCAGUGCGUUCCCGACCCAAGCUGCCCUUUGGGAUUGUCAAGGUAAUGAAUGAGACUUCAGCAGGGAGAGUGAGCCCGCAGUAUGAAUGUAGCACUAAUAAAUCGAAGCAGAGAAAGUCUAUGUCAAAUCCUGAUAUAGCCUCGGAAACACUGACUUUGUUUAGUUUUCUCAAAUCGGACUUUUCAGCUCUCAGAAUGAAGAGAAAGGAAAAGGAAGACUAUCCCAGUGAUGGGGUUAAUCCCAGCCACACUGGAGACACCCAGUGCCCAAGUGCUAACCGACUGCGGGAGCUUGCCUCGGUGGGGAGGGGAAGAGGCUCACUCCAGUCUCUGAGUCAGCAGCCGGGGAGUGCACGCCCCACUCUCAAAGACCUCACUGCCACUCUCCGCCGUGCCAAGUCUUUCACAUACUCCGACAAGCCAGCUCCCCGCAGGCUGGUGCCUCGCAGCGUCAUGAAACCCAGUACUUCAGAAGUCAUGCUUGCGAACAUAGGGUGCUGUGAUUCCGCUUCAGAGGGCGAGGGCCAGGACAGCACGGGGCAGAGAGGCGAGGACGUGCGGCCCGUUGACAUGCAGGUUCAGUACAUCCAGGAGGCUGGGCAGCUGUUCGAGAAGAUCAACAUGAUGUGGUCCCAGAAGGAACCCCUGGAUGACUUUGGCCAGAAGGAGGGGGAGUGUCAUGGGCGCGAGGAGGAAGUCGGGCUGUUUCCAAAGGACCCUGAGGUUCUAGCUGCUUCGGUGGUUGGAGAGCUAAAGAGCGCGCAGCGGGGAGGAUCCGAGGAGAAUCUGUCGGGUGGGAAAUCGGCAGAUGACCUGUCGGGCCCUGAGUCGAGUAUGACUGACGAGGGGAUUGUUACCGAGCCUGAAAAUGGAUCCAGCAGCACUUUGUACAAGGACAUAGCUAGUCACGUGUUGGAACGCAAGCCAGCCAGCGGCACGAGCGCGGAGGAUCACCAGGAGCUGCUUGCCAGCAAAGGGUCUGCUCCAGCAAUGGCCGCAGUGAGGUCCGGCUACGAGAGUGUUGCAAUCGGAGGAGAUGUGGUGUACAAUAAAACUGCCGCCCCUGUGACACUGGAUCCCCCUUCGACUCCCAGUUCCGUUCGACGCAGAAGGAAAUACCCUCCCGGAGGCAACAAUGGGUCCGAUUCCAGCAACGGGAGCAACGGGGAGUCCAGUGGCGACACGUACCGGUCCUUCAGUGACCCGAUGCCCCACCGGAAGUGUCCGGAGGAGAACGAGCAUUUCUCUGUCGACAGCAACCUGCUGGGCUCGCUAAACUCUGUGAAAGGGAGCAUCCUGGAAUGCUCAACCACUGCCUUAUCGGAAUGCACUGGGAGCGCAGCCAGCGACCUGUCGGUGUGCAGUGAUGGGCUGAAGGACUACAACACUGUCAUCCAGCGCAUUGUCAGGGAGCCAGGAACCAUGGACAACCUGAUCGAUGAGAAAGGUAAUGGGAAGCUGGUGAAGAAGAAGUCAUUAAGUGACCCAAGUCGGAGGGGAGAGUUGUCCACGCCAGGCUUCAAGGGCCCAAGUGAGCCUAUAACUGAGAUGGAGCAGGCGAUUCCCACAUCCAGCAGUGAACCAAUCCUUUCGGAGCAGCGAGAUGAGGUGGGGGACCUGGAAGAGUUUUCCAAACAGGUUAGGAAGUCCCGCUCACAAUCAGAGCGCACGUUGCCUUUGCAGGUGAUUGAGGAGCAGGGUAAAGUGAACUUGCAGAGCUUCAGCCUACACCCAAAGCUCACUGAAGUUCUCUCGCCGAGGUCAAUGAGGCGGAGCUCCAAGAAGCGUAACAACAGGGUGACACAACAGGAAGGUAGGAAGUAUGAGAUGCCCGGUGAGAUGGACCAAUCUCCACCGGCCAAGACAAGGCCAUUGUCCAAGCACGUAAGGCACACAAGUGAACCAGCCAGUUUCGUUCCCAUAUCGUCCAAAGUCGUUGCACCUGAAACACAUUUGUCAUGUAGUCAACCAGUUCACGUUGCUACCCCAGAACCCACAAGACAAUCUAGGAAGCAGCUUCCACUUGCACAGACUCCAUCCUUGGAAGAUGUCACCAAGCAGUACACUUUGAAGGGGGAACCACCCGUUGUAUCUCCUGUGGAUUUGCCCGUCAUGGCUCCUGGUACGCCAACCAGCUCUGAAAACCGUGUAUCCUCUCUGUCGAAACCAAAUGGAGAACUGGCACCAAGCACGAACAAAGCGAAGCCUCAAGUGGAUAUGAGGAAGCAUGUCAUGAUGACCCUGUUGGAUGCAGAACAGUCUUACGUGGAGUCUCUCCGAACACUCAUACAGGGAUACAUGAGACCUUUGAAGCAGCCGGAGAAUUCGUCUAUCUGUGACCUGGCCCUUGUGGAUGAUAUGUUCUUCCAAAUUCCGGAAAUCUUGGAGCAUCACGAGAAAUUCCUGGAACAGGCUCACCAGUGUGUCCAGAACUGGCAUGAGAAGCAGAAAGUGGGCGACCUAAUGAUUGAAACAUUCUCUAAAGAUGUAUUGGCCAACUCAUACUCCGCAUAUAUUGAUAAUUUCCUCAAUGCCAAAGAAGCUGUGCGAUUGGCCAAGGAUGCAAAGCCAGCAUUCAUUAAGUUUCUGGAGCAAAGCAUGAGGGAGAACAAAGAAAAGCAAGCACUGUCUGAUUUGAUGAUCAAGCCCGUUCAGAGGAUACCCCGCUAUGAACUUCUGAUAAAGGACCUCUUGAAGCACACCCCCGAUGAUCACCCAGACCACCCCUGCCUACUUGCAGCACAGCGGUACAUCAAGUUGCUGGCUGAAAGGAUAAACAAGGGAAAGAAGAAUGCAGAGGAGGCUGAGAAGGAAGCUCGCAUCCUGCAAGAGAUAGAAUCUCAUAUCGAAGGCAUGGUGGACGUACGUAUCCAUGAAGAGCUUAUGGUUCCUCAUAGAAAAUUCUUAAGGCAGGAGAUGGUGGUUGAAGUGAAAACAGUGAGCAGCAAGAAGGAACGCUCGCUCUUCCUGUUCACCGACCUCCUGAUUUGCACGACCUUGAAACGUAAGACGGGCUCUUUGCGGCGGAGUUCCAUGAGUCUAUACACAGCCGGGAGUGUGAUUGACACAGCAAGCAAGUACAAGUUCCUCUGGAAAAUGCCGCUGGAAGACUUGGAUAUUGUGAAAGGUUCAUCCCAAGCCACCAACAGAGAAAGCAUUCAGAAGACUCUCAAUCGACUGGAGGAAGAUUUCAGCAUCUUGAGUCAGAUUAGCACGUUGGCAGAAACACUCAGCAUUUCACAUCAGGGUCUGGAUGACGUCAUUAAGGACCUGAUGGCCUCUGUGAACCGUGAGCUCUCGGAGAAACAGUCACUGGCGGUCAGCACCAUGUUCCCCCUCACUAAACUUGAGCUAACGGCCACUACGACACACGGCACUGAGACGUUCAUUUUUGAGUUCAGCAGCAUUGAGGCACGAGCCGGGUUUGAACAGGCGUUCGAGGAAACCAAGAAGAAAUUAGCUUUGAACAAAGAUCACUGGGAUCCCGAGUUCCUGAAGGCCAUUCCCAUCAUGAAGACACGGAGCGGAAUGCAGUUCUCCUGUGCGUCUCCUAGCUAUGGUGGGCCGGAUAAUGGCCAUGAAGUCUGGGUCUGUAACAGCGACGGGUACGUCGGGCAGGUCUGCCUGCUCAGCAUCAAACCAGUGCCCACGGUGGAAGCCUGCAUCGCAGUCUGUUCAGCAAGGAUCAUCUGCAUUGCCUCAGUGCCAGGUCUUAGUGGCACCUCCAGGGAAAGGUCAGAAUUGCUCCUGAGCCCUCCCUGUUUACAUCCACAUCGAACAACAGCGGUGCCUAUGGAGGAGAACGCAUCCCAGCAACCUCUCCUGAUCUCCAUCUCAAACUCCGCUCAGUUACUGGGGGAGCUGACAGAGAGUGGAAAUAGAAGCCUGAACCCGUUUGACAGUGACGACACUGAAGAUGACGAGUCCUCCCCAAGCCCCUCAGGCACACUGAGGAGUCAGGCCAGCAGAUCUACCAUCUCCUCAAGUACAGGAAAUGAGGAAAUGUCGAGCUCAAAGGACUUUGCAACAGAAACAACGAGUUCAGAAGAGGAGGCGGAAUCUGAUUUUGUUGCCCACCCCAGCACAAUCUGCCAGACGAGGAACAGCGACAGUCCUAUGGAUGGGCGAGCCAUGAGGCGUUCCAGCCGAGGCUCCUUCACCCGAGCGAGUCUCGAGGAACUGCUGAGUGUCGAUCCUGAGGCCAACCAAAGCUCAAUGUGGCUAGGAACAGAAGAUGGAUGCAUUCAUGUGUACCAGUCUUCCGAUAACAUCCGUAACAGGAAGAACAGCAUGAAGAUGCAGCAUUCAGCCGCAGUCAUGUGCAUCCUAUACCUCGACAACAAAGUUUUUGUCUCAUUGGCAAAUGGCGAGUUGAUGGUCUAUCAACGAGAUGCAGGAAGUUUUUGGGAUCCACAGAACUCGCACACAUUGUGCUUGGGAUCGCCAGGGAAUCCCGUCACCAAAAUGGUGCCGGUGGCUGGGAAACUGUGGUGCGGCUGCCAGAACCGGAUUCUCGUCAUCAACACCGCCACGCUUUGCCAGGAGCACAUGAUUCAGAUUGGCCAGGACAGCAAUCGGUGUGUGACGAGUAUGGUGAGCUCCAGCCUGGGGGUGUGGAUCGCAAUGCAGAGCAGCGCUCAGGUUAAGCUGUACCACGCGGGUACCUACGAAAACCUGGCGGAGGUCGACGUGGCGCCUGCGGUACACAAAAUGCUCGCAGGUUCCGAUGCCAUUAUUCGCCAGCAUAAGGCUGCCUGCUUACGGAUUACAGCCCUCCUUGCCUGCAAAGACCUCCUCUGGAUUGGAACAAGCGCUGGGGUGGUGUUAACUCUAUCCAUUCCCCACGUCACUGCCAACACCACUUUGCUCAGGAUACCUUUAAUACCCAUGGGAUCAGCUCAUGGUCACACGGGACAUGUUCGAUUCCUCACAGCCAUUGAGCUGCCCGAGAUCUUUGAUCUGUCUUUCCCGCCAGCCAGAGAGCCAGGUCGGCCGAGCAUGGGUGGAGAAAGGCUGGCUGGUCCACAGAAGCGGGACUUGGCGAGACGACGAUCGUCUGCCAUUAUCCCACUGAAGACCAACAUGCUGGUGAUCAGUGGAGGAGAUGGGUAUGAAGACUUCCGGCUUACCAACAGCAGUGAGACUGUGGGCCGAGACGAUAGCACCAACCAUCUGCUUCUGUGGCGCGUUUGAGAGCAGUGAAGCAAAUCCCUGGUUACAAGACUACUGUUUUUGUUUGUCUCCUAGUGUGCUUUGUCUAAUGCUUGGGCAUUUAGUCUCUGUAUGCAUUGUUUGCCCUUUACUGUACACAUGCAGGAACCCAAAAUGAAUGAUCAGCAGUCUUAAGACGUAUCUGCAAUUCUGUGAGGUGAUCGACGCCAAAUUUUGGUUGUGAUGUUAUUUUCUUUCCCACCCAUAUCAGUGUUCCAUUGAUACAAAAUGGUACAUUGUUGUGUUUUACUUUAUUAAGGUGCAGUGAAAUGAGCAAAGAUAAUCAACCUGUGAUAAUUGAGGCCUCCCAUUAAUGAAAAGUAUGUCACUGAGCUUGGGUCCAAGGAAAGAGACAAUGUGUCACCAGAAGCUGAUCGAAAAAAGAAGGCAGGAGAUUGUGGGAAUCACGCUUUGCACAGGAUGUCUUCAUUCGUGACAGGAGAUACCUUCUUUAUCUUCAACCUCUGUUCCCUAAAGUCUGACAGUUUCUUUGUGGCAGCAAUCAUGAGGAAUCCUCAUCUGUGCUUCAAGCUAACGACACCGUGAUUGUGCUUCAAGUAACCACCAAGUAAUAAUUUCCAAUGAGAUCUUCAUCUGUGGGGACCUAUUGAAGAAAAUCCUGGUGGUCUGCAUGGAUAUUGUGACAGUGGAAUUCUGUUUAUUGUGGUGUUUGAAAUGAAGAGGCCUUUCAGAAAUCAGACCUCGGUCAAAUGUGUCAUGUUGUUAUGAACCACAAAGUGGAGUGCAUCGUGGCAUAUCUGUACGUACUUAAACACCUGACAAACUUUUGUGGACAUCAUCCUCAGUGAAUCUGCAUGAAAGAGAAUCAUGAUUGUAGUAUUAAUUCCUUUUGGACACCACACAAAUUUCCAUGUACUUUUGCUUCCAGUCAGAGGACUGAUGAAUUGCAUUGUAUGUACCUCAUUACGUACCAACAGCUACAACGUUCCAGUAGUGUGAGUGUGAGAGUGUGUGUGUGUGAGUGAGAGUGUGUGCGCGCGUGCACGCACUUGGUUGUGUUCUACUGCCUUUUUGUAGAAUGGAGCCAGUUUAUAUAGAAACCAGAGCGCGCGUGUGAAAUGACUAUGUGCAAUAUGUGGCCAAGAUCACGGAGGACCAUCACUUUUCAGAAGCAUUUAACCAGAGGACAUUUGGAGAUUCUGUAGGAAGCACCGGUUAAUCAGUGCCACAUAAAAACCUCAAUCUGCCAAAGGCCGCAGUUAUAGUCGAAGCUACCUUUUGGACAGUAAAUCCAGAAGGGGAACUGAUAUUGGUCCUCCUGUACAGUAUUUAUGUUUAUUUUAACUUAGUUAUCUUCCACAGCACUUAAUUUAUACAUUUAUCUUUUUUUUUAAUAUCUCUAGAAAUUUGACAAAGUUUGUUUUACAUUUUGUGGCUUAAUCUAGUUGUUCAUUCUGUGUGGUGAGAUUUUGUUAAAGGAAGGAUGACUGAAUAUGUUUUACUGAAUUACGUGGACCUCAGUCUCAGUUAACCGAACACAAUUUUCCAUGAAUACUGUACUCCCAGUUCCUCAUGCACUUCAUCUCCACUCCCCAUCCUUGCUAACGCUAAUAAAUCAGCAGGAACAUUGUGUAGUAUUGGGCCUUAAAUCAACACAAAUGCAGGAGAUGGGUCAGAAAUUCCAGAACAAUUAAUAAUUAGGUGAACAUCCAAAACUUUACAAACUGUCUUUACAGUUUCUGACCGGAUGUAUCAGAUUUCCAUUUUAAUAAUUCAAUAGGAAAUAUCACAAAGUUUGUUUCAUUAAUGUCAUUGUAAGAGGAAGACAUUGAGAAUCAGAGAUAAUGAGAUUCCAAGGUGUCACAAGUAGAAACUUUGACUUCAUAUCUGCUGUCAAAGUGCCUUUGAUUUUUGCCUUGUUUCUUGGCAACCCUUUCCGAGUCUAUCACAACCCCACAUACUCAUCUGAGAACAAUGACAUUAAGAUAAAUGUUGUUCUUUAAUUCCUUCUCACACACCGAAGCUUGACGCCUGGGUUGUGAAGUCAAUAAUUUAGCUUUAAUAUCUGUUUAUUUGUAUUCGGUGAUUUGGAUCUGAAGACUUUUAGAUGUGUGGUAUAUAAUUAAGUCUUCUGUUGCUGGGCUUUCACCCAGUAAUUACCCCUUGAAAAGAUAAAUUGCAAAAAAAUAGGGUUAACAGUUGUAAAUAAACUGUGCUUCUGAUGUGGCACUCCGCAUCUAUCACCCCUAUCCCUCCACCAACAGCCCUUCCACAAUGCUCCACUCAUUUCCACUCCCACCUGCCAAGCACGUUCUGUUUCAGAUUUCAAUUACAGAGUGCACAUAGCCUGUACUAUGUGCCGAUGAACAGCACAACUAUGGAGCGUAUCUUUGAUUACAUGUAGCACAAUACAGGUACUGGAAGCCCAGUAGUACGUACAUCAUUCCUUUUGUGUUAUACUUCAGUCACAAUGCCGUAGGUUGUUUCAUGUUCCUUACUCCAAAGUUGCUUCACUGAUGAAAUCUGACUUUUGUUCCUUAUAAGCAGUUUUAAUUUUGCAUCCCAGAAUGUAGUAUUUCCUGCCAAAUGGUCUUAGCUGAUCAUGAAAAGCCAAAGAAUAGAAGACACAUACAUAGUGUAUGUUCUUUUCUUCCCUGUUUACUUUCCAAAAUUAUAUAAAAGUAGCCGGACACAGGUAUUAAAUGUGAGGGGAUAAUUUUAUACAUGCUUACUGAUGGGGUGACAUAGAGAGUAGAGGAAUGCUUUGCAGUGAACUAAAAGUGACAGUGUAAAUCAGCAGCAUUGUAACAAGGUUUUUGGUAUCGAAUCAAGUGUUUUACACCGGAGAGAAUAAGAUUGGAUUGUUGGCUUGGCAAUGUCAAACACUGGAAACACACAAUGCUGGAGGAAUUCAGCAGAUCACGCUGCUUCUAUGGAGGAGAAUAAACAAUCGAUCUUUUAGGCCAAGACCCUCCAUCAGGACUGGUGAAGGGUCUUGGCUCAGAACAUCAACUGUUUGUUACCUUUUAUAAAUGCUACCUGGCCUGCUGAGUCCCUCUGGCAUUUUGUGUGUUGUUCUGGAUGUCCAGCGACUGCAGAAUUUCUUUUGUAAAGGUUGGAACAGCCAGGUUUUAUCCGGUUUUCUGUUGUUAUGUAGCAUAUGCGAUUGGCCAACUGAAGAUCAGAGGGCUUUGAUGUUUUAAAAAUUGUCUUAUCUGCAUUAACGCUGCUUCAAAAAAUUCAGUCUUCAAUUUGCACAGAGCAAAUCCCAGAAAUAUUUUGACUCGAGCUCAGAUUUAAUUUUUAAAGUGUUAGUUUGAAAUUCCAGAGUUGCCAAGUCUAAGAGUAGCAUGCAGCGAGUAUUGGCCUUUUCAGAAUUGCAUCAUAUUCCAUUCUUCUUUCACAGAGCAUCAUCAUAAAAAUGAUGAGGAUUGAAUCAAGAAAUAAAAUUGCCUUAUGAAUAUUCUGAGCUUGAUUAAAGCCCCAUUGUUUUGAGACAUAAUUUUUGUGAUCAAUGGGACAAAAAAAUGCACUGCUAAUUAAACUCUGAAUGUGGUGGAAUUCUGAAUUACAUUUACAUAUCUGAGGCUUAAGGUUAGAACUGGAAAAUACCUAAACGUUGCUUUGUGAUGCUUGUUGAACCAUAGCUGAGUGGGUGUGUUUCAAGAGCAGUGGUUGUUGGUAGAUGCUAGACUAAUUAUUCCACACAUUUUGCAUAAAUGUAAAACAAUUUCUAGACAUCCAGACAUAAUACAACUCUGUUCUUAAAGCAACGUGAUUAGUUCCAAAGAAACAGGUGGGAUCUUGUGGAAAAUGCAUGAGUGUAGUAUUAUCGACUAUAACACUAGCUUCAUGUCAUUCUUCAGUCAUACGUCAUAAAGAGUUUGCUAAUAAACUCAACCCAGUCAACCAAUCGGUACAGAAAACUGCUUGGCCUUGUUUCUCUUUGGGUUUCCUCUACCAGUGAAGCAAUGUUUGCACAAAUGUCUGUUCACGAUGCUGAUGUUUCCUCCCAGAAUGUUUACAUGGCAUGUAGAAAGCUUUAAUUGGCCUGUGGAUGGAUGAUAUUGUGACUUUUUAAAUGUCUUGAGAAGGUUGAGGUGGUGUGGAGUUUGGAGAAAGUUCAACAUAUUUAAUGUGCUGAGAUCAAAGGAGACUGUGUCAGUCUAAAGUCACUGAUUUAGUGGAGGCAGAGCUCAAACUGCCUGGUGCAAACAGUGAAUUAUAAAGUGCCUAGACUAAUGUUGGGUGUGCAAUUAAAUAGAUCAACAAAUUAAUGGGAAUUGCUUCAGUGGUAAUAGUGUUCAGAGGAUCCUGUUGCUUAAGCAAGAAAAACAAUUUUAUCAUUAAGAAGUUUAUUUUUGGUCUAAUUUCUAAAUUUUUCACAUUUGUGCCAAAGGAAUUAGUGGGGAGGGGGGGGCCGGAAACUGAUGUUCAGAGCAGAGAAAAUUUUGCAAGGUUCAAGUUCAAAAGAGGGGAAAUACUGAUUGAAUGUAAAAUCAGAGGGCCAGUAGAUGUGCUAAGUGUGGCAUGCAUCAGAAUUAAGAAGUUUGUUGGAGAUUAAAUCGUCUAAACCUCAGUUUCUGUGGGAUUCACAUAUCUAUCUCUAAAACUUCUAAGAAGAUAUGUACACCAAAGGGAGGGAGAGAGGGACUUUUUUGAGAAGACAAGGUGGGGACAUGUGGAGGUGGGCUGAAGCAAUUAAAGCCAUAGGACAUUUUGACAGACUAGUGGAGAACACCAGAAAAUUGUCUUGAAAUCAGAUGGAAAGUUAAGAAUCAUGUUUUCUCAUAAAGGUGACAGGGAAGCUCUACUGUGGAGUUUCAGCUAAAAGUGAAACUUUUGGGACCAAAAUAGAUGCGAUUCUUUUUUACAAACGUUUGUAAGUUUGUCAAGCAGUAUGUGCCAGUGGAGGAGAAAUGGUAGAACAGCCUUAAGAUUGUGGUCCGCUUCUGUGACCCUUUUUAAAUAUCCUUUCUGAGCAUGUUCCCAGUCUUUUGGGUUGUCCAUUGAAUGAGAGCAGAUCGUAGUGGCCAGUGAAACAGGUCCAAAGGUUAAGAAGAAGCAAUGACCUGUUAUGGUUUAAGAAAAUCACCUGCGUAUGUUUGCUAAGUAGGUAGACUAGAGUUGUGAGAAAAGAAGUUGUACAAGAUACAGAUUGAUAAGAGUAGUUGCAAAGAAUACAAUGCAACUGGCAAAAUAAAGGUUCAUACUCCACAAUUAAUUCUGGACAUGGAAACCAAAUGAGUCCUCCAGCUCUAAUGCAGUAUGGUGCCCCCUGUUGAUGCUUGAUGUUCAAAACUACAUUGAGUACUUCACUGCAGACUGCAUUAAAAUAUGUGAUUUAGAUAUAGCUGGUGAGCAUUUAGAACAUUUGGAAAAAAUUAAUUUCUCUACAAGAAAGUGGCCUAGAGAGCAUUUUGGAAAGAUAUAUUGUCCUUGAAGGCUUUUUGGCACAUACUCAACUGAAGUAUGCCACCGCUUAAAGCAAUUUUAGAACUGAAAGAAUCAGCCUGUUUCUAAGAAGAAAGUUACGUGUAGGAAGUAGGUAAGUGAAAAUUCAGUGUGGAAAGUAGGAGGUGAGUCCUCGGCAUGCAAUGAUUUGGGAGAGAAAGUAGUUUAGGGAAGGCUAUGUUCUGAGUCAAUCUCCAUAAAGAAAAAAAUACAUUUGUCUUCAAGAGCUGUUCCUCCAGUCAACAAAUGCAAAAGUUUCUUCACUCUUGACAAAAUAAAGACUAUAGGUAGAUCCCGACUCAUUAGGUUCAUGUCUGCAUAUUUACAUAAAUCAGAAACUGUCUUUGGUUUUUAAAAGUUUUGAUUACUUUUAGAAGUUACCUCUUACCGCCUUCUGGGCCGUGAAUUGCAUACCCACCCUCUGAGUGUACAGUCAAAUAAUAGUUGCUCGUCCACUGUGACAUUUCCAGAUGGCCAACACAAACUGUAUUCAUCAUGAUGAAAAAUACUAUCUUGCAUGCACUACAUUAAAAUAAAUCUCACUAAGUGCCACAUAUCAUUGGAAAAAAUGAAGACUUUUAAGAAAUAAAAAAAUAUGUAAAGAGAGAAAGAAGCACUUCAGAAUUAAAAUAAAACACUUACACAUUUUUCUUUGUCCAGUGUGUGGGGACUUUAAUGUAAUUGGGAGCAAACUAAGUUCAUACUGUGGUCAAAAAUUGCAAGAUGUGACUUGGAUGCUCCAGUCGACAGUAGACUGUCAGGGUAGAGGCAUUUGUUGCUGGUGCGGUCAAACAUUCACCUCUCACCGGGAAGGAUAGCUUUAUUGGUUUCUAAGUCAUAAGAUGUCCAUUGUUCAGACAUUUGGAUGUAGAAAGCACAUUGCAUAGUGGCAGAGCCCCUUUAGAACCAAGUGUCGGUCAUGAUGCAUGAGGCAUGAUAAAUAAUUCCUGUUAAAGGAUGGCUCUUCUACUCUAAGCACCUCAGUGUUUCCUUUCACAUUCUCUUCAUACAGCUGCCAGUAUUUUACGUGUCAAUUAAAUGAAAAGUGUUAACUCCUCUACAAAGCAUUCUAUGUUGGCCGAUUGUAAAGGAUAGCAGUAUCUUUAAUGUUGUGUCAAUUUGAUAUUAGGGUAUUGCUUUGUAAUUAUCAGUCUUUACUGAAAUUAACACUCCAUUCACUCACUCUGUUAUGAGUUCAAGAACUAAAAGUAAAAUAAAACAUGAUAUAAAAUCAUAUUCAGAAAGUGAAGAACAUUUUGUUUCUACAGGUUGCAGUUUGUUUGGGCAAUGGGAGAAGCCACCUCUUGAGUAUUGUAAAUAAUGGUAUAUAUUUCCUCCUCUGUACAUACUGUUCUCAGUCUUUAAUUGUUGAUAUGAAUUUAAUUGCAUAUUUUUAUAUACGUUUAAGUUUCACUGGUACAAUUAUUGUUGGACCAGGGCAUUUAAAUUAUAACUACUACAGUACUUGGAAAACUUUUAUUCUGAACCAUUACAAGUCAAGUGAGGUUGUCAUGAUUAUCACAUAUUCCUGUUAUGUUUUGUCACUGUGGGAUCUUUGUUAUUAAAGUUCACUGGUGUCAGAUAUGUA